AUGCCUUUGGUCAGGAGAACCAUUGAGCCUCGGCACCUAUGCCAAGGUGCAGUGCCCGACAGGAUUGAUAGCGAGCUGGAAUGUGUCAACAACAACACCUUGUCUGCCAUCAUCCGUCAGCUCAGUAGUCUGAGUAAACAUGCAGAAAAUGUAUUUGGUGAUCUUUUCAAUGAAGCCAACACAUUUUACGUACGUGCAAACUCACUCCAAGAUCGCAUUGACCGCUUGGCUAUCAAGGUCACUCAGCUAGACUCCAGUGUGGAAGAAGUUUCUCUGCAGGCCAUAAACCUGCGGAAGGCUUUUAAAAGCUCGACCAAUCAGGACCAGCAGGUGUUGUCCAAAGGCAGCACACCGAGCUCGGUGACCGAUAUGUACGACAAAAGCGACCAGCCACCUCCUCUUCGAGACCUCACUGCUUUUAGAGAGGACGGCACUGAUGCCAUGAAGUUCUACUCCGACCCGUCCUACUUUUUCGACUUGUGGAAGGAGAAAAUGCUGCAAGACACAGAGGAGAAGAGGAAAGAAAGGAGGAGGCAAAGGGAGCAGAAGCGAUGCGUGGAGAGUAGCACCAUCCAGCGCCAGGUGAAGAAGGUGAGGAAGGCUCGAAACCGCAAACAAGAAUGGAACAUGAUGGCUUUCGACAAAGAGCUCCGACCGGAUCACCGCCACCCCCAAACUCUGCGGCGUGGGGCAUCUUCCGAAGGCUCACUCUCCCCAGACGGCAGGCCCGACGUUCCUGACUAUCCGAGCCCACCUGUGCCAUCACACGGCGCUUCUAACUUCAUCAAGUCGCAUGGGAACGUGCAGCCCUCCCCACCGCCAGAGCACGAAUACCACAGCAUUGACGUCAACUAUAAGAAAACAACAUUAGAAACUCAAGCCGCAGAGAAGAUGAACACUUCAAUACGCCUGCCGGCAGAUAAUAACUGCGCCCACCCUCCGCCUACCCAAGGCCCACCCAUCCCAUCAGCCCAGACAGCCUUUGGUUUCAGCCCCCCAGCAGUUCACAAUGGAGCCACUACGCAUGGUGGCCCAGGUUACCCACUUCCACCUGUACCUCCUCCAGGACCUCCCCCAGGUCCCCCGCCACCACCUCUCCUUCCACCAGCUACCUCAUCACACCUCAGUGGAAGCGUCAGAACCGAAAUAAAACCACUGAGAGAUGUGAGGAGUGAUCUGUUAUCUGCAAUCCGCAUGGGCAUCCAGUUGAAAAAAGUGCAAGAACAGCAAGAGCUGCAAAACAAGCAUGACCCAGUCGGGAACGACGUGGCCACCAUCUUGUCACGACGUAUUGCGGUGGAGUACACCGAUUCUGACGAGGAUUCAGAGCUGGAUGACAAUGAAUGGUCGGACUGA